CCUCCAGGGGUUACAUUUUCUCACACCAAUAUCAAUAUUCUCUAAGCUUCCUCCACAUUUCAAUCUUCUCAAAUUAAACUUGUACCCCAUUAUCAUGGGUGUGUUCACUUAUGAAACCGAGUUCACCUCUGUCAUCCCACCACCAAGACUGUACAAGGCCUUUGUCCUUGAUGCUGAUAACCUCAUCCCCAAGAUUGCCCCACAGGCUGUGAAGAGUGCUGAAAUCGUUCAAGGUGAUGGAGGUGUUGGAACCAUCAAGAAGAUCCACCUCGGUGAGGGAAGCGAAUACAGCUAUGUGAAGCAUCAGAUUGAUGGACUUGACAAAGACAACUUUGUUUACAACUAUAGCAUUAUUGAGGGGGAUGCUAUCGGAGACAAAGUUGAGAAAAUCUCUUACGAGAUUAAAUUGCUGGCAUCUCCAAGUGGAGGUUCCAUCAUCAAGAGCACCAGCAACUACCAUUGCAAAGGUGAGGUUGAGAUCAAGGAAGAGCAUGUCAAGGCUGGAAAAGAAAAAGCUGCUGGUUUGUUCAAGAUCAUUGAAAACUACCUUUUGGGCAACCCUGAUGCUUACAACUAAAUCGAACCAUGAUACUAUGAUAGUGCUACUGCAUUAUAGUCUUCGUGUCCCGCUCCUUUUGUCAUUGGUGUGGCUUUGAUAUUUUUUUCGUUUACUUUUCAACCAAGAGUUUUGGUUUGCAUUUCGGUUUAUGGCGAAUUGUAAUGAUCAUAUUGGAUUUCAUUUACCCAAAUAAAGAAUAAAUUGUUGAUACUCUU